AUGUCGACUCACAACCAUCUUGCCACCGGUGAGUUCACAGGGCCCUUAGGAGCUAAAAGGGCUGAAUCCGAGUGGCAAAUUCUUAGGGACAUACUAAAAGAGUAUGGGCCAGAUAAAGCGGUUGAACAGUGGAAGCAGACUUGGAAAGAUUUAAAAAAGGGUGCGCGUAUCGAGAACGCGGCGGCAGCUCGUGGACGCAGCACCACGGGCAAUGUAGCAACAGUCCCGACUGUGUCUGAAAUGGGCACAAAGGAAAUCAUUGAAGUGUCGGUGGUGGAGCAUGAUACCCAUUCAAAAUUGUUUGAACAUACUACAGCACCCUCCUCUUUCGCAGACGAGCUAGAAGAUAUUUCACCAGCCCCUUCCAACAGCCUUCUAGCCCCUUCCACCAGCCAUCCAGUUCCUUCCACCCGCCACUCAGCCCAUUCCACCCGCUAUGCUACAGCCCAAAACAAAAAAGAACGGUCGCAUGAUGUUUUUAAUCGCCUCCAGCAAGAAAAUAAUGCAUGUUUACAAAGUAUAGAUGAAAGGCUCAAAAAGCAAAAUAGCCUUCUGUGUGAACAAAACCAAUUGUUACGUGCACAGAAUGCCCACCUAGGUCAUAGAAAUAAACUUGAAAGGAUGAAAAGAUUUUCACAAAAAUUUAAAUUUUAA